CGGGGAAGGAGGAGGAGCGAGUCGGGCUCAGGGGGCGGCUGCACAGUCUCUGGGAUCCCCAGGCCUGGAGGGGGGUCUGCGCGCGGCCGGCUGGCUCUGCCCCCCGUCCGGUCCCGAGCGGGCCUCCCUCGGGCCAGCCCGAUGUGACCGGGCCCAGUGGAGCCUAAGGAAGGAGCGGGUCCGUCGCGGAGCCGGAGAGCGGGAGGAACAUGACAUCGCGGAGAUGGUUUCACCCAAACAUCACCGGCGUGGAGGCAGAAAAUCUACUGUUGACCAGAGGAGUCGAUGGCAGUUUUUUGGCGAGGCCCAGUAAAAGUAACCCUGGAGACUUCACCCUUUCAGUUAGGAGAAAUGGAGCUGUCACCCACAUCAAGAUUCAGAACACAGGUGACUACUAUGACCUGUAUGGAGGAGAGAAGUUUGCCACUUUGGCUGAGCUGGUCCAGUAUUACAUGGAACAUCAUGGGCAGCUGAAAGAGAAGAAUGGAGACGUUAUCGAGCUCAAAUAUCCACUGAACUGUGCAGAUCCUACCUCUGAAAGGUGGUUUCAUGGUCAUCUUUCUGGGAAAGAAGCAGAGAAAUUACUAACUGAGAAGGGAAAACAUGGUAGCUUUCUUGUCCGAGAGAGCCAGAGCCACCCUGGAGAUUUUGUUCUCUCUGUCCGCACUGGUGAUGACAAAGGGGAGAGCAAUGACGGCAAAUCGAAGGUGACACACGUCAUGAUCCGCUGCCAGGAACUGAAGUAUGAUGUUGGUGGAGGAGAACGGUUUGAUUCCUUGACAGAUCUGGUGGAGCAUUACAAGAAGAAUCCCAUGGUAGAGACAUUGGGCACAGUGCUCCAACUGAAGCAGCCCCUCAACACCACCCGUAUCAACGCGGCCGAGAUUGAAAGCCGGGUUCGAGAGUUGAGCAAACUGGCCGAGACCACGGAUAAGGUCAAGCAAGGCUUCUGGGAAGAAUUCGAGACGCUACAGCAACAGGAGUGCAAACUUCUGUACAGCCGAAAAGAGGGCCAGAGGCAAGAAAAUAAAAACAAAAAUAGGUACAAAAACAUCCUGCCCUUUGAUCACACCAGGGUCGUCCUCCACGAUGGUGACCCCAAUGAGCCUGUGUCUGACUACAUCAACGCCAACAUCAUCAUGCCUGAAUUUGAAACCAAGUGCAACAAUUCAAAGCCCAAAAAGAGCUACAUUGCCACACAAGGCUGCCUGCAGAACACGGUGAACGACUUUUGGCGAAUGGUGUUCCAGGAGAACUCUCGAGUGAUUGUCAUGACGACGAAAGAAGUGGAGCGAGGGAAGAGCAAAUGUGUCAAGUACUGGCCGGACGAGUAUGCCCUCAAAGAGUAUGGGGUCAUGCGUGUCAGGAAUGUCAAAGAGAGUGCUGCUCAUGACUACACACUAAGAGAACUUAAACUCUCCAAGGUUGGACAAGCUCUACUCCAGGGGAAUACGGAGAGAACGGUCUGGCAAUACCACUUUCGGACCUGGCCGGACCACGGUGUGCCCAGUGACCCCGGGGGUGUGCUGGACUUCCUGGAGGAGGUCCACCACAAGCAGGAGAGCAUCGUGGAUGCAGGCCCCGUCGUGGUGCACUGCAGUGCUGGAAUUGGCCGGACAGGGACAUUCAUCGUGAUCGAUAUCCUUAUUGACAUCAUCAGAGAGAAAGGUGUUGACUGUGACAUCGACGUUCCCAAAACCAUUCAGAUGGUGCGGUCUCAGAGGUCAGGGAUGGUCCAGACCGAAGCCCAGUACCGGUUUAUCUACAUGGCUGUCCAGCAUUACAUCGAAACACUACAGCGCAGGAUCGAGGAAGAGCAGAAAAGCAAGAGGAAAGGGCACGAAUACACCAACAUUAAGUAUUCCCUAGCGGACCAGACAGGUGGCGAUCAGAGUCCUCUCCCGCCGUGCACACCCACGCCACCCUGUGCGGAAAUGAGAGAAGACAGUGCCAGAGUCUACGAGAACGUGGGCUUGAUGCAGCAGCAGAAGAGCUUCAGAUGAGGAGGGCCGCCGGGACUUGAGCACAGCGAAAGAUGUGGACUUUCAUCCUCCCCCUCGAUGAGGAACCAACGAGCAGGAGAGCUUUCUCGAAGGCUGAAUUUGGGGCCCAAGGCUUGUGCCUUGGCUCACCACCUUCUGACAAGCAGAAUUCGAAACCACUGUGUUCUGAUCCAGCCUUUCCUCAACUAAGAAGAACUCAUCUCUACAAUGUAGACAGUGCUGCAUUUUAUAGAAUUUUAUUUUACAUUGAGGAAGCAGUUAAACUGUGCUCUGUAUUUUGCCGAUCAUGGGGAUACAAAUUCUAGUUAUGAGAAAUUUCUUUUUCCUUUUAAUAACCUUAACCAUUUUGUUUUUUUGUUUUGUUUUUGUGGGGGAUGAAGGGGCACUUGUAAAAAGAAACGAUUUGGGAAAAUUAAGCAGCAACAUCCUUGAGAAGUGAGAAUGAUUUCACUCGCUGUCGCUUAUUGUCGUAAUGUGUUUUGUGUUGCCUGGCAGAAUCCUGUAGAGUGAUGAACAGAUUGAUUUCUUACAGCUCUGGAGUCCGGGCAGUCCAAGGUCCAGGGGCCACAUCUCUUGAGGGACCCUAGCUGCAUUGUAACUAGGCCAAAAGCAUCACAGCGAGACCAGAGGGAGAGGAGCGCAAGCAGGGAGGGAGGCAGAGCUUUGUAACCCAGCCCGGUGACGACAGGCCACCCCCAGCACUGUGGCACCAGGUCACACCUCGCAUGCACAGACUUCAGGGGCCAUCUGACCACCACGGCACUUGGCAGGCGGUAAUUCACUUUCGUGGCUUCUUUCUUCCCUCCUCCUCUCCCCCGAGGUCAGGCCAGUGUCGGAGACUCAGAAGUUGAUCACAGAGGUGGGCGAAGCAGGGUAACAGGUGUUUUCUUAGCAGGUGACCAGCAGCUGCUCAGCCAUUGUGAGGGGGUGGUGACGAGGAGAGGGGCACCCUGUUUCCUCUGCCUUUAGUGACAAUCUGGUGUUCAGAGAGCAGGCUGGGCUCAGUGACGCUGUCCUCUGUCUCGGCCACUCAUGUGACCAGCAGGUCGGCUGAGACGUGAGGUGGCCGCAGUCCUCAGGGUCCCUCCUCCCUGUGGUCUCUGUGCCACCUGCCAGGUGCGAGGGAAGCCUUGCACGUGGCACGUGUGGCCAGGCCCUCUUCAGACAUAAGGCAGACCUGCUGCAGCCCCUGCUGUGGCUCCCUGGUGACAGGCUUGUGAAGAAGGGGUGUGGUGGAGGCCAAGUGCGUGGGGUCCGGCCUGACACACGUGCGCAGCCAGUGAGUGCGAGCCGAGGCUGCUGUGACCGCGAGAAGCCGAAGCCGUUUGCAGUAGCUGGUGGAAGCCGCGAGUCAGGUGACAGAGGGACCGAGGGCCUUCCAGAAGCUUCUGAGCCAGCUCGGACAGGCCUGCACCUACUUUCUGAGCUGUCACUUGGGCAACUGGGAAGGAUGGAUGUGUAAGGGGGGCCAGAGCCUUUGAGAGGAGAUCGCCCACCUUCACGGCAUCUGUGGUCCUCGGCUGGGGUGACGCUUUCUUAACGUCCCUGGUGGUUGGCAGGCAGCGCUGGAGGAGCGGUUAGAACCAGGCCUCUUGUCAGGGUGAGUGGGCCCGUUUUAAUUUGAACCAGUGGGGUUUGCGAAUGUCUGCCUUAAGUGCCUUCUCCGAAGACUUCCCUCUCUGCCCGGCGUAGACUCAGUGUUCAGUGAACGAUUUCAGCGAAAACCGCGGGGCUGGCUUUGUAGUGAGAGUAGUGUGCAUGUGUCCCCCUUAGAUUCUUCUCACCUUGGCCUCUGCCCGAAGGACUGGGGCCACCUUCCACUCUGGAAAGCCUGAGGGAACUGGGGGUGCAGUGGCUGCCAUUGUCAAGGACAAAAUGUGUGUCGACUCCUCCCCCACCCGGAAGGGUGGCCUCCGGUGCCUCCUUGUUGGGGAGGCAGUGGUCCUGUCUUCUUGUCAGCCUGCAGGGGAGGAGACUCCAGGUCAGUGUGUGCAGUCAGGAUUCGGCAUCCUGCUCUUUGUGCUGUGUGUUCACAUUGAAUAAUGUAGGGGUUUGUGGUAAUGCUUUGACUGGACUUCGGGGGUAAAGCCUUUCACCAGCAUACAGGGGUUUGACUGGACAAACAGACGUGCACCCGUGUCUCUGCCUGGAGCCAGGGAGCGGUUGUGUUUGCUCUUGGAGUGGAAACGCCCUCACUUGGCCAGCUUUGUCACAGCACAUUGGUGCACCCCAGAGUCAGCAGAGCGUCCUGCUCUUCGUAACUGAUGCCAAGACCACACUCACCAGCGUCCAGGUUGCUAGGCCUGCUUUGGGUUUGGAAAGGUGGCAGCAGGUUUUGGGUGUGGUUGCUCUGUGUGUGGAAGAAUCGGGCAGUGGGACCGGGAGGAUAUGGUAGCUGGAGGUGCGGGGUCGAAGAAAGAGGGAAGUGGAAGUUCUAAAGAAGGGGUUCGUGAGGAUGUCGGAGGGCCUGGGGCCAGAGCAGGCAGCAGGAGGUGAGUCAGGGCACCUGGAAAACAGGUGUGCGUGGUCCCAUGUGGAAUUCCUCUGGGUUCUUAAAUGUGCACACUAUCCCGUAGCUGGCUGGCUAUUUUCCAAUUAAAAGCAUCGGAUUUUAUAUUUGGGGGUGAAGAAAUUAUCUGGCACAUGGUAGUGGGGUUUUUUUUGGGUCAGGUGUCAGGAGCCUUACUAGUUUUUUUGCUUUUAAAAGCCUGCUCGUGUCCAGUGUGUGGCUUUCACUGAAAUUCAUGACUUUUCCAACAUGGCAGAAUGGGGUGGGUGGCUCUGGUGGGACCUUCCUUGGUUUCCCUGCGUUCUUUACAGAGCCUGGUUGCUUUAUAAUAGCCAAGCAUAGGGUUGGGGUGCUUCUUAGUGAUUGAUUUAGUGGGAUUUUAAGAGCUGAUACAACCUCGGGUGGUUUCUAGGUCAGGAUGCGAUGUGUAGUGACGCGUGUAGAUCAGCCGUCCGCAAGGGCCCCUCAGGCCCCCUGCAGGCCCUGGUUCUGCGUGCUGGCGGGGAAGAGAGCUUGGCGUAGCACGCACGUGAGCCUCCCAGUUUCAAGAUGCGUUUCUGAGGGUCUGUGUUAGCCCUUAAUUCUGCUGAAAUCUUUUUCCUUCUCCCUCUUGAAAAACGAGUUCCCAAAUACAGUUAUUAUACCUUUCCUCACUAAGUCUGUUCCUUGAUCACUAUGGGCAGUUCACACAAGGCAGAACUAUCAAAUGGUUGGUUUUAGUGUGUUGUAUAACUUUGCUGUAUAUCAAACUAAUUUUUACAAGUUUUCAUCCUAAACCUCAAAUCAUGUAAUUAAUAAUUUGCCUGUUUAUUUAUGACCUAAUUGUGAUUCUUUCAUUAAUAAAAGCUAAUGGAAAAGGGCCCUUUAUUAAGCUGAUGACUAGACCUACAUUUAAUUUUCCUGCAGUGUAUGAAGAAGUGUUGUACCAGAGUAUUAAAAGAUAUGUAAUAUUUUAUUGAUAAAUCUAUCCUUUAAAAGGAAUACAUUUUAGGAUGUCAUCAUUUUGAUGUGAAUCAUGUAAAUGUUGAUAAUAUGCUGUUUAUUAUACAUGUAGUGUUUCAAGAGAUUCACUUAAUUGCCUUUUGCCCACAUAUAUUAUGUAGUUCCUUUGCAGUUGUUUUUUAGAAAGUGACGUUAAAGAUUAGUUUAUGUAGAGAAACAUUAGUGGAUGUUAUUUGCCUCCCUACCUGUAUUUAUGGGUGUUAGUUCAACUCCUUUGCUAGUUGCAAAGCUGUAUUAUCAGAGUAAAAGUGUAUUUGUAAACUGUAUGGAACUAAAAAUUAGGAAUAAAACCAUUUUCUUACAUUA